GUGAAAAAAAAAUUUUUUUUUUUUUUUUUAUCACAAAAAAAAUCUAAAAUUAUUGAAAACUAUAUUAUCAUGUCAACUUCAGAAGAAAAAACGUUUGCAUCGCUGGGUAUUAUUGAACCUUUAUGUAAAGCUUGUGAACAAUGUAAGUAUAAAACACCUACAGAAAUACAAGCAGAAGCUAUUCCUUGGGCAUUACAAGGAAGAGACAUAAUUGGGUUAGCACAAACUGGGUCGGGUAAAACAGCAGCAUUUGCUUUGCCUAUUUUACAAGCAUUAUGGGAAGCACCACAAGGUCUAUUUGCAUGUAUAUUAGCACCAACCAGAGAAUUGGCAUAUCAAAUAUCGGAAUCGGUUGAGUCCUUGGGAUCCAUAAUUGGAGUUCGAUGUGCAGUUAUAGUUGGUGGUAUGGAUAUGAUGUCACAGGCCAUUGCAUUAUCCAAAAAACCACAUAUUAUUGUAGCUACACCUGGAAGAUUUCAAGACCAUUUAGAGAACACGAAAGGAUUUAGUUUAAGAAAUUUAAAAUACUUGGUUAUGGACGAAGCUGAUAAAUUAUUAGAUAUGGACUUUGGGCCAGUUAUUGAUAAGAUAUUAAAGGUUAUUCCUAAAGAGAGAAAAACAUUUCUUUUUUCGGCCACUAUGACUACAAAAGUAGCAAAAUUACAAAGAGCUUCAUUGAUGAAUCCAGUAAAAGUUGAAGUUUCUUCAAAAUAUUCUACGGUGUCAACUCUACUACAAUAUUAUUUAUUUUUUCCAUUAAAGCAUAAAGAUUGCUAUCUGGUUUAUUUGUGUAAUGAAUUAGCCGGUAAUUCAAUAAUUAUAUUUACCAGAACAUGUAAUGAUACACAAAGACUUGCAUUGUUACUAAGGAAUCUUGGAUUUCCGGCCAUUCCGUUACAUGGACAAUUGUCACAAACAAAAAGAUUGGGUUCAUUAAAUAAAUUUAAGGCAGGAAAUCGGAAUAUCUUAGUAGCAACAGAUGUUGCGUCACGAGGGCUUGAUAUACCUUUAGUGGAUGUAGUGAUUAAUUUUGAUAUACCUGCAAAUAGCAAAGAUUAUAUACAUAGAGUAGGAAGGACAGCAAGAGCAGGUAGAUCAGGUAAAUCAAUUACACUAGUAACACAAUACGAUGUAGAAUUGCUUCAAAGAAUUGAACAUGUUAUCGGAAAAAAAAUGGAUUUGUUUCCAAUUGGUAGUAAAGAUGAUGUUAUGUUAUUACAAGAGAGAGUUAGUGAAGCUCAAAGAAUCGCUACCUUGGAAAUGAAAGAAGAACAACAACAAAAGAAAGGAAGCAAAAGAAUUAGAAGUGAAGGAAAUGAUGAUGAUUUUAGAGAUAGAGAAGAUAGAGACAUUAUCCAAUAUAAUAAACUUGGAAAGAAAGCAAAGAAAAUCAGAAGAUAGUUCAUAUGAAAAAUAAUGUGAUAUAUAAAAGAGAUAAUUAUUGUGUUACUUUGUGACGUGAUUAUCGUAAAUUAAUGUAAAUUAAUCUGGUAUUACUCAUUAAUCGGCAGGAUCCCGAGAACUAAGCUACAAUCCGUUAAAAUCAUCAUCAAGAAUGAUUUAUAAAUAAUAUAUUUGCUUUUUAAUUUAAUGAAUAAAGUCAAGUUGAUGGGUAUCACUUUUUUAAAAAAUUGUUUUCAGUGAUCAGUGAUUAAUCUUGUUAUAAUUCUUGAAUUAAUUUUAGCAGCAUUACUUAAUAGGGAAUAUUAAU